UUAAGGGAAUAUUUAUCUAAUCUAGGCAACUUGACUCGCAUGCGUGUAUCAUAACCUUAGAGUUUGUUUAUAUUCCGUAAGUUUAUCGACAAUCAAAAUAAACAUAUGACUACCAACUAACGAGAAUGUAUGAAGACAACGAGACGAUCACAUUACCAGCAAUAUUUCACAUCGAAAAAGUGUGCAGGAUUUGUUUAAAUGAAAAAACAUCAAUGAAACCUCUCUUUGGAGCAUAUUUACCCAAUAUGUUAAUGACAAUUGCUUCAAUACAGAUAAUGGAAGGUGAUGGAAUGCCACAACAAGUCUGUGCACAAUGUCUACAACAGAUAAACAGGUUCUACAGCUUUAAAAGACAAUGUGAGAAGUCUGAUAUCACUUUGAGACAAUAUAUUGCACCCAUGGCACCACCCUUAACACAAAUGGCAUGUGAUAAUGGACCUGGUCAGCAUCAUGAACAUGAAGAGCAUCACCACCAUCACCAACAUACACAUCAUGACAUGUCACACAUGAAUCAGAACCAGAGUUAUAGUACUGACAUGGCUUCAUCAUUUAUCAGUGAAAUGUUUAAUUUUAAUGCUAGUGAUAAUUCAUACAAUGCAUAUAAUUCAUUCAAUCCAACACCAAAUAUUGAUUCUUUGGAUGAAACCAUGCAAAGUUUGCAAACUAUUGCUGAACAAUGUCUGCCCCCAACAUGGCAGACAUCUUGGCAGGAACCAUGGCAAGAACCCACUCCUAAUCUCGCAAAUUUAUGCGACGAUUUUAGUUUGGAUGAGUUUUUCAAGUGUCAAUUCUGUAACCAUACCUUUAAAGAUGAUUGGAGUCUGGGUGAACAUCUUAAAAUUCACACAAACAGCCCGAUGUACUUUUGUAACGUUUGCGGUAAGAAUUUCGCCAGUCGGGGAGCGCUAGCGGAGCACACAAACACGGAACAUAUGUUAUCCCAUGCUCAUUCUCAUAAUCAAAGCCACAAUCACAUGCAACCUCCACCACAACCAGCACCUCUACAAGAAAUCCUCGAAGAAGACGCUGAUUAUAAUAGCAAGAAGUUCGAGUGUCAUGUUUGUGGUAAAACUUACACUCAAAGUAGGAUUUUGGCGAUUCAUUUGCGGACACAUACAGGUGAACGCCCGCUUAGCUGCGAUACUUGUGGGAAGACAUUCAGUCAACCAAGUUCGCUAUUGAAACAUAAAGCGGUGCAUUUGUCGUUUAAAAAGUUCAAAUGCACGAUUUGUAAUCGACGAUUCCGACAGAAGAGUAAUUUGAACGUGCAUAUUAAAACGCACACCGGGGAGAAACCGCAUGUGUGCAGUAUCUGCGGCAAAGGUUUUGUUACCACUGUUAAUUUAGAUGCGCACAUGCGAACUCACACAAAAUUGAAGCCGUUUAGAUGUACGGAGUGCAAACAAGCUUUUACAACUUCGAGUCAGUUAAAGAAACAUUCGCUGCGACAUAGCGGUGAGUUACCAUAUCGCUGCUGGCAUUGCGGAAAAUCCUUCCGGCAUAAAGAUACGCGCGACACUCACGUGCGUUACCACACAGGAAAUCGUCCAUAUGCGUGUCAGCUAUGCCCGAAGAAGUACAUCGCCGCAUCUCAUCUACGCAUGCAUAUGAAGAGUCAUAAAGACGAGCGUGAAUUUCAAUGUCAUGUGUGCGAAGCUAAGUUUUUAGACGCGUCUACGCUUAAAGCUCAUGUAGCUACACAUACGGGCGUGAAAAACUUUCAGAGGUUUGCUCAGUGUGGAUUGCCGUUACAAACAUUACAGUGAGAAAUUGUUUUAAAUUUUUUUUUUCUAAUUGUUAUUUUGUAUGCGCGGUGUUGUUAAGUGUAAGGUGGGUUGCUUACCAUAUCGCCAGCUGAUUCAUAACAAAACAAUGAAGAAGUUAUAACGGAUCAAACCUCUAAAGUUUUAAAAUUCCUUUCAAAUCUCCUAAAAAUGGCUGUGUUUUCCGCGGAAAUGAGUGAAAUCAACAUCGUGCACAAUGUGUUGAAGGCUGUACCGACAAAUGAUGUAAAUAUAUUGGUUUUAUUCAUGAAAAACAUGAA